AUGCCGUCGCGAAACGACCGCCACCAUAAGGCGUCGGCCGUUCACGACGACGCCGAGUCAUACUACGACGACCGCUCCUAUGAUCGCCCGAGAGGGUCACGCCGCAUCUCCCGCAGUGCCAACGAUGCAGGUGGGGCAGGGCACCACCGAAGUAGGCGACACAGCCCCAGCCCUGUCCGUCCUAGCCGCGGCCGGUCUGAGGACUACAGACACAACCGUCCUUCGACCCGUCGAUAUGACGAUUACUCAGAUUACUCCGACAGCGAGGAUGACCGGCACCGUCGGCGGGGACAUGGCAAGGCCAGCCGACGAAGAGAGGACAAGACAUCUGGGUCCUCGAAAAGCGUGCAGAAUCUCGAGGCGGAUAAAGCGGCUAUACUGCAGGCGGCCGCAAGUGCUGCCGUUGUGGCUGGCGCAGCGGAGGCUUGGAGGAUGAGGAAGGAGAAGACAUCAUGGUCAAAGAAGGGAACAAGGAUGGCAACCGCCGCAGCUGGUGCCGCGGCCAUUGCGGCAUUCAACAACAAUACCAACGGAUCGCACGGAGGCAAAGAGUCUGGCGGGAGCAAGAAGGAUACUUUGCAAGCCACGCUUGGUGGCUUGUUGGUGAACCGUCUGACCAACGGUAGCCGAAAGUAA